CUCAGCCCCAUGGACAAGGUGCAGUUCCCGGAUAUCCAGCUGUCGCUGUACGAUCCAGCCCAGCCACGCACCUUUGACCUGGUGGUGGUGGGGUCGGGCCCCUCUGGUCUGGCGGUGGCGGAGCGGGUGCAGCAGGCGGGCUUCCAGGUGCUGAUUGUGGACCCCAACCCUCUGGCGCCCUGGAUGAACAACUUUGGGGUGUGGAUUGACGAGUUCCGGGCCAUGGGCCUGGAGGACUGCCUGGACCACACAUGGGACCGCGCCCUGGUGCACCUGGACGCCUCGCCAGAGGGGGCCAGGUACCUGUCGCGGCCCUACGGCCGCGUCGACCGCCCCAAGCUCAAGCGCCGCCUGCUGGAGCGCUGCGUGGCCUCGGGGGUGACCUUCCACCGCGGCAAGGCCCUGGACGUGACCCACGGCGGCGGGCGCUCCACGGUGGCGCUGGAUGGCGGCGUGUCGGUGUCUGGCAGCCUGGUGGCCGACGCCACGGGGCACAGCCGCAAGCUGGUUGAGUUUGACCAGCCCUUCAACCCAGGCGCGCGCCCUGCGCCCUGGCCUGCCUUGCCCUGCGCCCUGGCCCUUCCCCCCACCCCCUUGCUCCUCCUCUCGCUCUGGCCAGCCAGCUGCGCUGUGGGCACAUGCCUGUGCGACAAGGCCACCGACGCGCACCUGGCGCGCGCGCCUCGCAGCGAGCAGGAGGCGGCGGCCAUGUCUGCGGCGGUGUGGCGCGCCAUGUGGCCCGUGCAGCGCCUGCGCCAGCGCGCCUUCUUCGAGUUCGGCAUGGACGUGCUGCUGAAGCUGGACCUGGCGGAGACGCGCCAGUUCUUUGCCGCCUUCUUCUCCCUGUCGGACCACCACUGGCACGGCUUCCUCUCCUCCCGCCUCUCCUUCCUCCAGCUCAUCGGCUUCGGCCUGUCGCUGUUCGCCAAGAGCAGCAACGCGGCGCGCGCCAACCUGCUGGGCAAGGGCCUGCCGGGCCUGGUGGUCAUGCUGGCGCGGCUGACCACGCUCAAGUGAGGCCCUCGCUGCGGGUCCCGACCGCCGUGCCCGCCUUGUGUCCCCUCGCG